AUGUCUUAUUCGUCUACGGCAGUUCGAUUCUUUACGGCUCCAAAGCCGCUCGGUGCCGCUAUGGAUCCCGAUGCGAAGAAGGAUCCCCAAAGUCAGAGUCAAAGUCAAGGCCAGAGCCACACGGUCGUAAGACCUAAUGUUCCGGCUGAUAAGCCUUCCUCGAAGGCUGUGGAGGAACAUAAGCCCUUGAAGCAGGGUCUGACGUUUGCUAAUCAGGAUUCUUUGCCUAAGCUUCCUAUCCCUGAUUUGGAGGAUACAUGUCGCAGGCAUUUGGAGGUGUUGUCUGCGUUGCAGAAUGCGAGGGAACAUGAGGAUAGUAAGGCUGCUGUUAGGGACUUUUUGAAGCAUGAUGGACCGGCUUUGCAAGAGAAGUUGAAGAAUUAUGCUUCUUCUAAGACUAGCUUUAUUGAACAGUUCUGGUAUGAUUCUUACCUGAACUUUGAUAGCUCCGUCGUCUUGAAUCUUAACCCAUUUUUCCUGUUGGAGGAUGAUCCAACGCCGGCUCGAAACCAUCAAGUUACUCGAGCUGCAUCCCUGGUAGUUUCGGCUUUGUCUUUUGUGCGCGCUGUGCGAAGGGAGGAACUCCCACCUGAUACUGUGCGGGGAACCCCUCUGUGCAUGUAUCAAUACUCCCGGCUCUUUGGCACAGCACGUCUACCUACCGAUAAUGGCUGCGUUAUCAGUCAAGACCCAAAUGCAAAGCAUGUUGUCAUUAUGUGUCGAGGCCAGUUUUACUGGUUUGAUGUGCUGGAUGACAACAGCGAUCUCAUCAUGACUGAGCGAGAUAUCUCGCUAAACUUGCAAGUCAUCGUGGACGAUGCAGCUCAAACCCCCAUUCAAGAGGCUGCCAAGGGCGCCUUGGGCGUUCUGAGUACCGAGAACCGGAAGGUCUGGUCAGGUCUACGAGAUAUCAUGACCAAGGACCCUUCUUCGAAUAACGCCGAGUGUCUUAAUAUCGUCGACACCGCUCUCUUUGUGCUGUGUCUUGAUGAUACUGAGCCAUCAAACACCGGUGAACUUUGCGCCAAUAUGCUUUGCGGGUCUAGUGAGGUUAUCAGAGGCGUUCAGGUGGGUACUUGCACAAAUCGAUGGUACGAUAAACUCCAGAUCAUUGUCUGCAAAAAUGGAAGCGCUGGUAUCAACUUCGAACAUACUGGUGUAGACGGCCACACAGUUCUACGCUUCGCCAGUGACGUCUACACUGACACUAUUCUACGAUUCGCUAAAACGAUCAAUGGUCAAGCUCCAAGCCUAUGGGCAACAUCCAGCCCUGACCCAGCUAAGCGCGACCCACGUAGUUUCGGCAAUGUCAGCACAACACCCCGCAAGCUAGAAUGGGACAUGAUACCAGAACUCAACAUCGCCCUCCGCUUCGCCGAAUCCCAUCUCUCCGAUCUCCUCCAUCAGCAUGAAUUCGGAGUCCUAGACUUCGAAGGCUUCGGCAAGAACUUCAUCACCUCGAUGGGCUUCUCCCCGGACGCAUUCAUCCAAAUGGCAUUCCAAGCAGCCUACUACGGACUCUACGGCCGCGUCGAAAACACCUACGAACCCGCCAUGACCAAAGUCUUCCUACACGGCCGCACCGAAGCAGUUCGAACAGUAACGCCCGAAGUUCUAGACUUCGUCCGCACAUUCUGGGGCGAGAACCCCGCCGAAAAAAAGAUUGAUUCCCUUCGCGCCGCAACACAACGCCACACAGCUAUCACAAAAGAUUGCUCCAAGGGCCAAGGACAAGACCGCCACCUCUAUGCCCUCUACUGCCUCUGGCAACGCUCAUUUGAUGAAUCAAUCUUCGACGCCAGCUCAGCAGGUGAAUCAUCCAGUCCCAGCGAAGGCCCCGAGUCACCCCGUCUCUUCGCAACCUCCGUAUCAGACGACGGCUUUUCCUCCCCAACAAGCAGUAGUCUUCGUUACCGAUCCGCGUCCCCACCUACACCUGCUAUCUUCGCUGACGCAGGCUGGGACAAAAUCAACAAUACCAUUCUUUCAACUUCAAACUGUGGAAACCCUUGUCUGCGCCAUUUUGGCUUUGGGCCUACAUCCGCAGAUGGCUUUGGUAUUGGGUAUAUUAUUAAGGAUGAGUCUAUUUCUUUCUGUGCGUCCUCGAAACAUAGACAGACUGCUCGUCUUAUGCAAACGCUUGAGUCGUAUCUAUUUGAGAUUCGGAAAUUGCUGCGCGCUACCAAUAGAAAGACUACUAGUCCGCGAACUAGUCGUGCGAGGGAAACAGAGGCCAUUGCUGAGCGGUUACAGGCUGAUUUCCAACGUCGGGGUAGGGUUGUCCGGAGCGAUACUACCCGUGGCUCUGAGACGCCUAAUACUAUGACUGAUAGUGGAGACAUGGACGAUGAUGGAAUGGGAGGCUAUGGAUUUUUCGAUGCGGGAAUGCUUCUCCAUGCUCUUAAGGGCGUCAAUGCUGAUCGAGACCGGGGAGAUAAGCCUGAGAAGAGACGAUUUGUGGGGAAGAAGUUACACCUUAACGAAUAUUGA